UUGGCUGCUCUAUCGGUGUCCCCCCGUGUCGGGGGUGCAGACCCUGAGCGCAGGGAGGAGCGCAACCAUGGGCUGACGGCGUCGGCGCAGCGCACGGCUGUGCAGCGGCUGCUGGCUGCAGUCCAUGUGAUGCAUCUGAGGGGGCACGGUGACAUUUCGAGAGGGGAAAAAAAAGAAAGGAAGAAAUAAUACCCAGAGACACACGGGGAGCUUUGAAGCGCCUGAGCCGGAAAAGAGAGACAGACAGACAGACAGACAGACAGCGGCAAAGAGAAGAGGAAACAGAGCCGGGCAGGGGGACAAAUACUUGGAGCUCCAGGAGAUGAUGUGAGCGCAGCGCUGGCUCGGAGCCGGGGACGAUGCGAUGGCCGCUGGCACCGAAAGUGGGGCAGCGAUUGUCAGGCACCGAGAUGGAGCUGGGACAGCAGCGGGGACCGGAGGGGACGGCGGCGUGGUGGCAUCUGAGCGCUGUAAAGGAGCGGUGACACCGCGGCUGCUCCCCUCCAUCGCACCGAUGUGACUCGAGAUUUUGGAGCCGUCUCCCGGUUCCUCCGUGCCCCGGUUCCAUCAUGCUUCCUCGUUGGGCGAAGCAUCCCAUGGGCGCUUCCCCUCGGCUUCGGGAGCAGGACAGAGCCUCGGAGCCCGGGGACCGCAGGUUGUCGCCGCUGCUUUUGGAUCCCGACAGGACCAGCGCCCACAUGAUCUCGGCCGACGAUGCCGAGUACCCGCGGGAGUACCGCACUUUGGGCAACGGCACAAGGCGCUUCUCCAACGUAGGGUUGGUUCACACCUCGGAGCGCAGACACACCGUCAUCGCUGCCCAGAGCCUCGAGGCUCUCACCGGCCUCCAGAAGUCGGAGAUGGAGCGUAAACGGGACGCAUUCAUGGAUCACCUGAAGAAUAAAUACCCGCAGCACGCACUGGCGCUGCGUGGGCAGCAGGAGAGAAUGCGGGACCAGCAGCCCAACUACUGGAGCUUUAAGACCAGGAGCUCCCGGCACUCACAGGGUUCCCAGCCCGGCCUGGCAGACCAAGCCAAGCUCUCCUUUGCCUCAGCUGAAUCCUUAGAAACCAUGUCUGAAGCGGAGCUGCCCCUGGGCUUCAAUAGGAUGAACCGCUUUCGACAGAGCCUUCCUCUGUCCCGCUCCACCAGCCAGACCAAGCUGCGCUCCCCAGGGGUCCUCUUCUUGCAGUUUGGGGAUGAGACGAGGCGCGUGCACAUCACCCACGAGAUCAGCAGCAUGGACACCCUGCACGCCCUCAUCGUCCACAUGUUCCCUCAGAAGCUCACCAUGGGGAUGUUGAAAUCUCCCAACACCGCCAUCCUCAUCAAGGACGAGUCCCGCAAUGUCUUCUAUGAGCUGGAAGAUGUCCGUGACAUCCAGGACAGAAGCAUCAUUAAAAUAUACCGAAAAGAGCCUCUCUACGCCUCAUUCCCCGCCUCGCACAUCACCAACGGGGACCUGAGGCGGGAGAUGGUUUACACCUCCAGGGAAUCCUCCCCCACCCGCCGCCUGAACAACAUGUCCCCAGCCCCACACUUGGCCUCGGGCUCCCCCCCACCCGUCCUGCAGUCCUCAUCCCCCUCCCGUUCCCGUAUGUCCUACAGUGGUGGUCGCCCACCCUCCUACGCCGGCAGCCCAGUGCACCACGGUGAGCGCCUGGCCAGCCUUCCUCCAGCACCCGGCGUCUCUCCCAGCCCCAGCGCCAUCCUGGAACGCCGUGAUGUCAAACCUGACGAGGACCUGGCAGGGAAGAACAUGGUGCUGGUGAAGAAUGAAGGGCUGUAUGCUGACCCUUAUGGCAUGGUGCACGAGGGGAGGCUCAGCAUCACCUCCACGCAGUCUCUGGCCGGCAUGGGGGACCCUUUUGGUUACUCUGGGGGGCUGUACAAGCGGGGCUCGGUGCGCUCGCUCAGCACCUACUCGGCGGCUGCUCUGCAGACAGAGCUGGAGGACAGCUUGUAUAAACCCAACACGCAGAUCUAUAGUGAUACAUACGGACCUGGCUUGGGCUUUCGCAUGCCCCCCUCCUCCCCACAGAAGAUGGUGGAGGGGCAGAGCCCACACAGCCCCUACUCGGGACCACCCAGUCGCUCCUCACCCGUCCGACAGUCCUUCCGUAAGGAUUCCUGCUCCUCUGUCUUCAUGGAGAGCCCAGUCAGCAAACCACGUAACCCCAGUGCUGCGGGACCCCCCGAGCUGUUCCCUGGCCCUGGAGACCGUCCACUCUCGGGGUUCAGUUCCCCAGUGCCAGCCAAGGACACAGAAACAAGGGAGCGCAUGGAGGCCAUGGAGAAGCAGAUCGCCAGCCUGACGGGGCUGGUGCAGAGUGCACUGCUCCGCGGCUCCGAGGCUGAGACCCCCAGUGAGAAGACCGAAGCCACCAAUGGUGGGACUCCCCCAUCAGCAUCAACCAGCCGCAGCGGCACGGGGACCCCAGUGCCUGCACCCCCCCCACCCUCCACCACCAGCACGCCAGCAGGGCAGCCCACAGCCAUCACCCGCCUGCACAUGCAGCUGCACCUCCACGACCUGCAGCAGAACGCCAGCGACCUCCGCAACCAGCUGCAGCAGCUCAAGAAGCUGCAGCUGCAGAACCAGGAGACGGUGAAAACGAUGCUGCGACGGACAGAGACUGAGAUCAGCGUGAGGGUGACGGACACCAUGCGCAAACAUGAAGACCCGCUGCAGCGCCAGCGCAGCCUGGUGGAGGAGGAGAGGCUGCGGUACCUGAACGAGGAGGAGCUCAUCACCCAGCAACUGAAUGACCUGGAGAAGUCGGUGGAGAAGAUCCAGAAGGAUCUGGCACACAACCACCGCCUCAUCCCAGUGCAGGAGCUGGAGGAGAAGGCUGUGGUGCUCAAACAGCUCGGGGAGACGCUGACGGACCUCAAGGCCCAGUUCCCCAGCCUGCAGAGCAAGAUGCGGGUGGUGCUGCGGGUCGAGGUGGAAGCUGUGAAGUUCCUCAAGGAGGAGCCGAACCGCUUGGACGGGCUGCUCAAGCGCUGCAAGACGGUCACCGACACGCUCACCCAGAUCCGCAGGCAAGUGGAUGAGGGUGUGUGGACCCCUCCCAACAACCUCAGCCAGUCCCCCAAGAAGAUGGCACCCGAGACAGACUUCAGCAAAGGGCUGGAGCUGGAAAUGCCCCCCAGCCCCCCAGUGAGCCUCCAUCACCUGACGGCUGGCACUGAGCCCCUGGGCAUGCCCAGCUUUGGGCACAGCCCCCCCCAGACCCAGAGCCACCCCUCCAAGAGCAAUAACCCUUCCCGGGCUCCAGAGAUGGUGCCUGCCAAAACCCAAACGGGUCCCGAGACGCCCAGUAAGAAGAGUGCAGACAAAGCUGUGUCUGUGGAGGCUGCCGAGAGGGACUGGGAGGAGAAGCGGGCAGCGCUGACCCAAUACAGUGCCAAGGACAUCAACCGCCUCCUGGAGGAGACACAGGCUGAGCUCAUGAAGGCCAUCCCUGACCUGGAGUUUGCUGCCAAGCACAAACAGACCACGGGCAGCAGCAGCGCCGCGUCCACGCCGGAGCAUAAACCAUCCAAGCCUCAGCAUGCACAGAAAUCCACGGGGAAGGUGGACCCCAAUGGGCGCAGAGGUUCAGAUGAACUGACGGUGCCGCGGUACCGCACUGAGAAACCCUCUAAAUCACCACCUCCACCCCCACCCCGCCGGAGCUUCCCCUCAUCCCAUGGGCUGACCACCACCCGCAGCGGAGAAGUCAUCGUCACCAGCAAGAAGGAGCCUGGCUUUAUGAAGAAAGCAGAAUCGGAGGAGCUGGAGACCCAGAAGCCACAAGUGAAGCUGAGACGGACGGUGUCGGAGGUGGUGAGACCCGCAUCCACCCCACCCAUCAUUGCCUCUGCCAUCAAAGAUGACGACGAUGAGGAUCGCAUCAUUGCAGAGCUGGAGGUGUUUCAGAGGAGCUCUGCCUCCCCUUUCCUCCCCACGCUCCGUUACGACCCUCUCACGGCUGCCAUCUCCCCUGGGCACGCAGACAUGUGGCCCAAUGGAGCCUCCGUUGCAGCCGAAGGAUGGAAGGAGCUGGCAGCCCCAGCAGCCCCGGGGAGCAGGGCUUUCUCCCUCCCACAGAUUGUGCUCACCCAGUGGGUGUCUGCACCGCCGUCCCCUGAACCUGAACCUGCAGUGGCAGUGGAACAGAGCUGCUGUGAGCACAGGGAUCCCAAUGGAUGUGGAGGAGCAGGAGGGGAGCACACAGCCGAGGUGGGGAGGAGAGGUGGAGUGCCAGCCAGCAGCCCCAGCAGCUCUCCAUGUACAGCUGGGGGUUCUCCAUCCGCAGCCUUGCAGCCCCUGAGCAGCGCACCCCACUCACCUAUAGGGACACACGGGUUCCCCCCAUCAUAUAGCAAGAUCCCAGCUGUUCCAAAGCACAGAGCAAGCUGGCCAGCAGCAGGAGCACAUGGAGACCCUGCCAGGAGGCACGAAGGCAGCAGCAAGGCUUCCCCACGGUGCCCUUUAGCUCCUUGUCCCCAAGGAAUGCUCACAGCACUCCCCCCCAGUGCAAGCAGAGGAGGGCACAGCAUUGCCCUGCAGCUCCCUGCUGAUGCAGAGCACCAAGAUAGAGCCGGGCAGGAUGCAUCCCUCCCUCCUGGAUGUGCACAGAGGGAGCAGCGUGGCAGCACACCGGUGCCAAAAGCCAGGAGCACCCCAAGGCUGCAGGGCAGCAGAUGGAACCACGCUGGGCAUCCCACUUGUGUGGCAAUGCAGAGUCAGAGCUCUGCUGGAGCUGAAGAGGGGGGGUUGGUUCCCAGUCCUCAGGGAAGAAGAGAAGCCGAGGGGUCCCCCCUGCACAGCAUGUCACCACGCAGCAGGGAGAUCUGUGAAGGUGCCUAUCAGAGACUGGACAGCCUGGAAGAAACCAUCCGUGAGCUGGAGAUGACCAUCAGUGAGAUCAGCAGCCACCAUUCAGCUGAGGCUGCGUUCCAUGCAGGACUGAUGGGACAGGAGGUACCCAGGGAUGCCAGCCAGGAGACUGAUGGUGUGGGGCACAGCAAGCACUGUGAUGAUGGCACUGCCCUGGAUCUCAGCCACACCAAAGCUGAUGCUGCCAAGAGUCCAUCCCCGAGCCACACCAAACCACCUCUGCUUCCCAAGCCGCAGCUCGGCACCCCUCAGAGUGGUGGAGUUUCCAUCCCGCCCAUGAAGAUGGUGAACCCGGCAUCCAGGCUGAAGCAAAGCCAGCAAGGCAGCCCCGACAAGAGCAAGCACAUCAAGCAGAGGAUGGAGUACAUGCGGAUCCAGGGACAGCAGCAGGCCUCUAGACCAUCCAAAGAUCCUAAUGAGACCUCCCCAGCAGAGAAACCCACCUCGGGCAGAACAUCCAUCCCAGUAUUGACUUCCUUUGGGGCAAGGAACUCCUCCAUCUCCUUCUGAGCCUCCUUGCCAGCUCCAAACAUCAUUUCCCCACUAUGGGGCCGGGCUCCUCCUGCCCUGGACCGUCUCUAUUGGGCAUCACCAUAUGCCCCCCCCCUAUAUUCAUAUCCCCCCCCAACUUGGCCUGGCUGCUGCCCCACGCCUCUCUCCAAACAGCCCCCCUACAACCUCUUGCUGUUUCUUUUCUCUCUUUCUCUCUCCCCUUUCUCUUCUUAUUAAUUAUUAUUAUUAUUUUUCCAUGUAUUUCCGUUGUUUUCUUUUCGGUUGGUCACCUUUUUGGUUCUUCCCCCCCCCCUUCUUCCUUCCUUCAAUCCCCCCCCUUUCAAACCCCCUCCCCUCCCUUCCUCCACCGUCGUUUGCUGUUUAUUGAAGAGCUCUCGGAGCUUCACCCCACGAGCUCCAAGCAACGAGGAUGCAGCAGGCAGAGGGGGCAAAAAGCAGCAGCCCGAGGACCCCCCCAACCCCCCCCUCAGCCCCCUUGAGCUCGGGACACAGCAUGGGGACGAUGCUCCGAGGCCACCUGAGGUCGGUGCUGCCCAAGGAGCAUCCCGGUGCCCGGGGAGGUGGAAGGCUGUGAUAUAUGGGUGGGUGGGUUGGGGUUGGGGUGUUGGUUGGGGGGGGUUUGGGGACCGUUGGCGUCGUCCCUAUCGCUGUCGGUUCGUUACGUAGCACUUUAAUGGUCUGUCUGUGUUUCCCCCUCCCCCCAAGGGAAAGGGGGAUGCUGUGAUGCUCUGAGCACAUGGGGACAUCAGGUCCCCUUCCCCAUCACCCUGCGCCCUUGGGGACAUGGGGGACAAGUGAGGCUGUGCCCACAUUGGAACCCUGUGUCCCCUUCCCCAUCACCCCGUGCCCUUGGGGGCAAUGGGGACAAGAGGAGCUCUGCCCAUGUGGGCACUGUGUCCCCUUCUCCAUCACCCUGCGCCCUUAGGGACGUGGGAGAUAAGAGGGGGCUCUGCCCACGUGGGACCCCAUGUUGCCUUUGCCAUCACACUGUGCACUUGGGGACGUUUGGGGACAAGAGGAGCUUUGCCCAUGUGGGGACCCCAUGUCCCCUUUGCCACCCCCCCAUGGGGAUAUGGGGGACAAAAGGUGCUCUGCCUACGUGGGGACCCUUCCCCAUCAUUCUGUGGGGGGCCAUGGGGGACCCACAGGGAUGGGAGGGUCCUAAAGCCCCCAUUGCAGGGGGGCAGCGGGGUGAGGGAUGAGCACAGCCCCAACCCCAUACAGUGCUAAGGGAGAAGGGGUGGGACAAGGGGAGGGGGGGGGGGGCACGCUGUAUGUGUGUGUGUGUGUGUGUGCAUGUGUGUACCCGUGUGUGCCGUGCCGUGCAGUCCGUCCCCAGUGCAACAAAGAGCUGGAAUCACUCCUUUUGUUGGUCAAUUCCUUCACCUUUGGGUUGGUUUUGCUUUCCUAUUAUUUCCUCCUUUAACUUAAUCUCUUCCUCCUCCCCCCCCCCCUUCCACCCCAGGACACCUAAAACCCUCUUAUUGUUGUUGAUGUUAAUGUCUUUAUUUGGGUGUUGGGGGUGAAGGGUGUUUUUCUUUUGUAUAUCGGCCAUUUUUGUAUAGAAAAGGGACAAAAAAACCCACAAAAAAGAGCCUUUUUUUUUUUUUUCUUUUGGAUAACAAAGAAUAAUAAUAAUUAAUAAUAAUAGGCAAAAAAAAAAAGAGAAGAAAAAGAAGAAAAAUCAACGCUGCAAUUACUUUGGAUUGCAAAAGAGCAACUCUUUACAUUUAAGUGAAGUGUCUUAACAUUUUAUAUUGUUUUCAAAGAGA